AGCUCAGAUGGAGGUUUUUCCUCCCGCUGAGGAGAAUCUGACGGCAUGACGACGGCUUUCUGAGAGAGAGAGAGAGAGAGAGAGAGAGAGAGAGAGAGAGAGUGCAUCCUGCCUCCAGUUUCCACGGUGACGGCAUCCCUCCGUCCUCCUCCGCCUCCUCCUCCAUCAGCUCCGUCCGUCCGGCUGCUGUGGGCUCAUCGGCUCCAUCAGGAUGGGAGAUAAAGGCACCAGGGUGUUUAAGAAGGCCAGUCCCAACGGAAAGCUCACGGUCUAUUUGGGGAAGAGGGACUUCGUGGACCAUGUGGACCUGGUGGAGCCGGUCGACGGCGUUGUCCUGAUCGAUCCUGAAUACCUGAAGGAGAGGAAAGUGUUUGUGACGCUGACCUGUGCGUUCCGUUACGGUCGGGAGGACCUGGAUGUCCUGGGUCUGACGUUCCGUAAAGACCUGUUCGUGGCCAACGUCCAGGCCUUUCCUCCUCUGCCUGAAGAGAAGAAGAGUCUGAGCCGUCUGCAGGAGCGGCUCAUCAAGAAACUGGGAGAACACGCCCACCCCUUCACCUUCGACAUCCCCCUGAACUUGCCGUGCUCCGUCACCCUGCAGCCAGGACCAGAGGACACUGGGAAGGCCUGCGGUGUGGACUUCGAGGUCAAAGCCUUUUGCGCGGAAAAUGUAGAAGAAAAGAUCCACAAAAGGAACUCAGUGCGUCUGGUCAUCAGGAAGGUCCAAUAUGCUCCAGAGAAACCGGGUCCUCAGCCCACCGCAGAGACCACCAGACAGUUCCUGAUGUCGGACAAACCACUGCAUCUGGAGGCGUCUCUGGACAAAGAGAUUUAUUACCACGGUGAACCCAUCAGCGUCAACGUCCACGUCACCAACAACACCAACAAGACUGUGAAGAAGAUGAAGAUCUCAGUGCGACAGUACGCUGACAUCUGCCUGUUCAACACGGCGCAGUACAAAUGUCCGGUGGCUACAGAGGAGUCGGAUGACGUCGUGGCGCCCAGUUCCACCUUCUGCAAAGUUUUCACUCUCACUCCGUUUCUGGCGAACAACCGCGAAAAACGAGGCCUCGCUUUGGACGGAAAACUGAAACACGAAGACACCAACCUGGCAUCCAGUACACUGUUGAGAGAAGGAGCCAAUAAGGAGAUCCUCGGCAUCAUCGUGUCGUACAAAGUCAAAGUGAAGCUGGUCGUGUCUCGAGGCGGACUCCUGGGGGAUCUGGCAUCCAGCGACGUCUCCGUUGAGCUGCCUUUCACAUUAAUGCAUCCCAAGCCGUUAGAAGAAUCCAUCUACAGAGACGCUCCAGAUGAAACUCCCAUCGAUACAAACCUGAUUGAGUUUGACACAAACGACGACGACAUCAUCUUUGAGGACUUUGCUCGCCAGCGGCUGAUCGGGGCGAAGGACGAUAAGGACGAGGACGAGGAGCCGGGAGACUCGCCCAAACUGGACGACAGAUAGAGUGGGCGGCGGCUCGGCUGUUCGUGGUGACGGAGGCGACGUCAGGUCAAACCGGUCUGGACACCCUCGAAACACUCGGUGGUGCCGUGUUCGUGUUGUCGUCCGUGUUCGUUCUCUCCCGCGUCCUGCCGGGUGUACAAAGCUAGAAACCUACAGCUAGUUGUGUUUUCAGACGGAGACGCUGUCCUGUCCUUCGCCGGCCGGCCGGAGCGUCCAAGGGGGCGGCGGCUCAUAGCGGCGGCUGGUAGCAUGCCUCUAAUGUCACUUUGUUCUUCAUGUUUCCAUUGGGUCCAACAGCAGCCAUGUUGUGUUGAGGUUAGUUUCUGUGUAUCAGGGGUCUUCACAAACUAAACACUGCCAACAUCCAGAUGUUCGUCACAGCGGGACAAACGCCACCGGACAUGAACAGGACAGACGGACGAAUGGACCGUCAGAGUCGCCAACCGACGGCAGGAAGCAGCGGCCUUUUGCAUGACAUGCAUCAUCACGUUCAACGAUUGGUUCAUAUCAUAAACCAGACUUUGGCUCUGAUGGAAUAAGGUGAGAUUCACACAGGAGUUAAUCUGCUCCCAAACGUAAAGACCUUUAUGUUUUUACCACUUAAUGUUUUUCCAUGAUUCUGCUUCUAAAUUCACCUAAUUUUUAACUUGAUGGACGUUGGUUCCGUGUAAGACCGAGGCAUUCGGUCUUUGUUUCUGUCCAGGAUUAUUCCACGUCACAUUUUAGGAUCAGAAUUUGGACUUUCUUCAGGAGUUGUUUGGUCUACUGUAAAGGACCCAUUGAAAUUGAAAUUGUUGAAGUCAGGGUUCCUACACAUUUGAAAUUUCUAAAUUCCACACUUUUUCCAGACCUUAAUUUCCAGAUGUCUUAAUAAAAAAAAUCC